AUGUCUUCAUCUGAGGAUGACAUUGUUGUUGCAUAUUUAUACUUAAAAAAACGAAAUAGACAAAACAAAAAGCGAUUUUGGGUUCAUCCACACUAUGUCAAGAAUAUAUGCUACACUACAUUUAUUGUGUCAAGAGAAUUGGAUCAAGAUCCAGAAAAGUUUUAUGGAUAUUAUCGCAUGAAUCCCGAAACAUUUAAAAUCCUUGUAAGUUUAGUAGAAACCAAUAUAAGGAAAAAGGAUACUAAUUUUCGUCAAGCAGUAAGCGUGUCCGAUUGCGGAGCUGUUAAAUUACCUAUUUGUUUUCUUCCGCUUUUAAUGAAUGGCAUAAGAAACUGCAAAGCGUCGUUCAAAUAA